AUGUCGAGCUUGGCUGCGCAACCAGCCCGUGGUUUUCCGGACGAGACGUAUACACGUAUCAAUCAGGUCGGAGAAGGCACGUACGGACAGGUCUUCAAGGCACGUGCGGAGAGAUCUGGAGCCUUGGUCGCUCUGAAAAAGAUUCGCAUGGAGGCAGAAAAGGACGGGUUCCCCGUCACGGCAAUGAGGGAGAUCAAGCUACUUCAGCACCUGCGACAUCCGAACGUGGUCAGGUUGCACGAGAUGAUGGUGUCCAAAGGAUCAAUCUAUCUGGUCUUCGAAUACAUGGAGCACGACCUAAAUGGAGUGCUUCAACAUCCGUCGAUCGAGUUCAGCGCCGCACACCUGAAGUCGUUGUCUCGUCAAUUCCUGCGAGGGCUCGAAUACUUGCACAAGAAAUCGGUGCUACACAGAGACAUCAAAGGCUCCAACAUUCUCCUCUCCAACCACGGUAUCUUGAAGCUGGCGGAUUUUGGCCUGGCUAGAUUCUAUGCCAAAAGGCGGGCAGACGAUUAUACGAAUCGCGUGGUGACGGUGUGGUACAAGCCGCCUGAGCUCCUGUUCGGUGCUACGCGAUACGGACCGGAGAUCGACAUGUGGGGAGCAGGCUGCAUCUUUCUAGAGCUUUUCACCAGGCGUCCUGUGCUGCCCGGCAACAGCGAGAUCCAUCAAGUGCAGGUCAUUUACGACACCUUUGGUGCUCUGGUGCCACCGAGCGAGUGGCCUGAAGUGGAAGCGCUACCUUGGUACGAUUUUGUCAAGCCCGUUACUACUUACCGCCCGACGCUUUCUGCUUCGAUGUUUGCAAGGUGGCUCUCGCCUGCCGCACUCUCCGUGGCGUGGGCUUUGCUCGCGUACAACCCUGCCAGACGAGCGACAGCCAGUCAAGCGCUCAGCAUGCCCUACUUCACGCACGAGCUUCCAAAGCCAGAAGUCCCAGCUGGCUUACUCACUGCCGUCGAGGGAGAAUGGCACGAAUUUGAGAGUCGACGCGCUCGAAAGGCGCGCGGAUGA